UGUCCACCAUGUCCGGCUUCUUCAGCUCCAUCUGGAACUACAUGUUCGACGUCCUCGCCAGCUUUGGCCUCGUCAACAAGAACGCCAAGAUCCUCUUCCUCGGUCUCGACAACGCCGGCAAGACGACCCUCUUGCACAUGCUCAAGAACGACCGCCUCGCGACCCUCCAGCCGACCCUGCAUCCGACAUCCGAGGAGCUCGCGAUCGGCAACGUCAAGUUCACGACGUACGACCUCGGCGGUCACCAGCAGGCGCGCCGCCUGUGGAAGGACUACUUCCCCGAGGUGGACGGCAUCGUCUUCCUCGUCGACUCGCAGGACACGGAGCGCUUCCACGAGUCCAAGGCCGAGCUCGACGCGCUCCUCGCCAUCGAGCAACUCAGCAAGGUGCCGUUCCUCAUCCUCGGCAACAAGAUUGACGCGCCCGGCGCCGUCAGCGAGCAGGACUUGAGGCAGGCGCUCGGCAUGUACACCACGACGGGCAAGGGCAAGGUCCCCCUGACCGACAUUCGCCCGAUCGAGGUCUUCAUGUGCUCGGUCGUCAUGCGCCAGGGCUACGGAGAGGGUUUCCGCUGGAUCGCCCAGUACAUGUAGAUGCGCGCUCGAGCCCUCGUCUGCGCCCGUCCCCCCUCUCUCGAGACCUCCUCCCACCUCUUUCUCGUCCUCUCCCUCGUCCUCUCCCUCUCGCCGUCCUCACGACCCUCUUUCCCCCUCUUCGUUGGGUCCCACCCUCUUCUCUCCUCCUUCCCUCGUCCGUUCUCGUCCCCACCCUCUUGCACCACACCCCCCUCUCGCUCUCGCUCUCCGUCUUCGCCGGUUCGUCUUCCUCCGCCCACCCUCUCGUGAAAAGCAUGUCUGUGCCCCGCCU